AUGAUAUACAAUGUGCAUCGCGUGAUAACGCGUUUAUAAAAGCCGAAACGCCUUAGUAUAAUUAUUCAGGUGACAAUUUAAAUUGAACCGUGCAGUGCCCACGUAGAACGUACGAGACGUAUACUUUCUCUCUGCCACAUUCGGGACUAGGUGAUAGGCGAUGAAGGGGAUAUACCUAAUCGCCAUCGCCACCGUUUUCUUGGCGUCAUGGAACGUGAUCAACGCGGAGGAGGAGGAAUUCGACAAGAUUCCCACAAAAUGCCCAGCCAAAGACCCGGAAAACACCACGAUCUGUCUCCCUCACGAGAGCGAUUGCACAAAAUACUACAUAUGCCGCGGGGGUGAGAAGAUCCUGAAACAGUGUCCCCCUUAUAACAAGAAAGGUGAUAGGCUGCAUUUCAACCCGCGCAUUCAAGUCUGCGAUUGGCCGCAUCCAAUCAUAUGUAGGAUCGAAGAUUUUAUUCAGGAUGAAGAUAUGGUACUCAAUUUGGAAUUUAUCGAAGAGGAAUACCAUAUGCCAUUCCUCAUGGACAAAAUUCCUACAAAGUGUCCAGCCAAGGACCCAAUAGAUACAACGAUCCAUCUCGCACACGAGAGCGAUUGUACCAAGUUCUACAUGUGCCACGCGGGUAGGAAGAUCUUGAAAAAAUGUCCUGAAUAUAAUAAGAAAGGAGACAGGCUACACUUCAACCCUCGUCUUCAAGUUUGCGACUGGCCAUGGAGCGCUGGUUGCAAGCAUAAGAACUCUGAUAACGACCAAGCUGAAGCAAUGAACACAGAACUUAUUCUUGAUGAAGAGUAUUAUGAUCCAUCGUUCAUGGAUAAAAUUCCAACAAAGUGUCCGGCCAAAGAUCCAGAGGAUACUACGAUCCAUCUCGCACACGAGAGCGAUUGCACGAAAUUCUAUAUGUGCCACGCAGGCAAGAAGAUCGUGAGACAAUGUCCGAAAUAUAACAAGAAAGGUGACAGAUUGUACUUCAACCCUCGUCUUCAGGUCUGCGAUUGGCCAUGGAAAGCUGGUUGCAAACACAAGAACUCUAACGGAGACCAAACUCUUGCGACGAGCGAAAAGUUAAUUCCAAAGGAAGAGCACAACAGGAUAUCACGCACUGUAAAAGCUGGUUAUAAAUGUCCCGAUAGAAAUCCCGGCAACAAGACGAUUCUUCUCCCACACGAGUACGAUUGCACAAAGUUUUACAUAUGCCUCGGACGUCAGAAAAUAGAACAAAACUGUCCCUACAUGAACGAUAAGGGUGACCGACUGCACUUCAACCGGCACAGUAAAGUUUGCGAUUGGCCAGACAAGGCCGAUUGCGACGACAAUGAUCUCGACGAAGACCGUGUUGGAAUAACUGAAGAACCUAUUCCAGACGAAGGAGACGGAUCAUGGGAAAUUCCCACAAAAUGCCCAGCCAAGGAUCCCAAUGACACGACAAUCCAUCUCGCGCACGAGUACGACUGCACGAAGUUCUACAUGUGCCAAGGAGGCAAGAAGAUCCUGCGUAAAUGCCCUUAUAUGAACAAGCAGGGCGAUAGAUUGCAUUUCAAUCCGCGUCUUCAAGUCUGCGAUUGGCCAGACCGAGCAGGCUGCCGGUCGCGUGGAAGCACGUAUCCUACACGGCAUACGGAUCACACAAGAUCCACGCAUUCAACGUGGCGUACUCGUCAUACGGAUCAUACGAGGUCCACGGAGCCGACAUGGCCUACACGACACACAAGGUCCACCACACACUCAACGUGGUAUACCCGCCACACAGAUCAUACUAGAUCCACGAAGCCGACAUGGUCUACACGUCCACCUCCCGACAACGAAUGUCGCUGGAGCAACGAUGGUCUUCUAUUACCUCAUGAAUGUAAAUGCGACAAAUACUAUGAGUGCGUGGAAGGCAACAGAAUCUUGCGUGAAUGCCCACAUGGUCUGUACUUCAGCAAAAAAUAUCAGGGCUGCGUCAAGUUCGAGGACUCGGACUGCAAGAAGAAGCCACCAUAUAAGUGCACUCGGGACGGCGAGCUGAUACCUCACGAAUGCGACUGUAGCAAGUAUUAUAAGUGUCGAGAAAAUGAUUGGGUGUUGCGGGAGUGCAAAAACGGUCUUCACUUUAGCCCGAAACGUCGAAAGUGCGAGGACAAAGACGAAGCCGGUUGCGAAGGCGAUGGCCACCAUGAUGGCGAUUGUCCGAAACCUAGACCUAAACACCCAUGGCGUCACCACUGCGAUUGCAGAUUGUUCUACAAGUGCGAAAACGGGAAGAUGCGUUUGUACGAAUGUCCCUGGGGAUAUUACUACGAUUUAAAGAAAGAUAAAUGCUCCCGUAAAUAUAAUGUAACCGAUUGUGAAAAUCAUAAUGAAGAUAAGAAUGUAGAGAGUCAAUCUCCAAUUAAUGCCAUCACUCACGCAUUUAGACUGAACCGUGCAGUGCCAAUAGGACCUACGACAUACACUUCCUUCCUUCCACUUUUGAGAAUAGGUGAUAAGGUGAUGAAGGGGAUACACUUAAUCGCCAUCGCCACCGUCUUCUUGGCAUCAUGGAGCGUCAUCAACGCAGAGAAAGAGGAAUUUGAUGAAAUUCCUACAGAGUGUCCAGCCAACGAUCCAAUAGGCACAACGAUCCAUCUUGCUCACGAGAGCGAUUGCACGAAAUUCUACAUGUGUAGCGCGGGUCGUAAAAUCUUACAACAAUGUCCCUAUAUGAACGACAAGGGUGACAGACUGCAUUUUAAUCCGCGCCUUCAAAUCUGCGACAUGCCGGAUCACGCCGGUUGUAAAAACAAAAAAUUCGAUCAGGAUCUAGAUGAAAAACUAAACGUGAAAUUUAUGGAAGAGGAAGAACACUAUGGACCAAUCCUCAUGGGCAAAAUUCCUAAAAAGUGUCCAGCCAAGGACCCGAUGAACACAACGAUCCAUCUUGCUCAUGAGAGUGAUUGCACGAAAUUCUACAAGUGCCAUGCAGGUAGAAAGAUCUUGCAAGAAUGUCCCUAUAUGAACGACAAGGGUGACAAGCUGCAUUUCAAUCCGCGCCUUCAAGUCUGCGACUGGCCGGAUCAGGCUGGUUGUAAGAACUCCGGUGGAGGUGGAGGUGGAGGUGAUAAUCAAUGUCCUGAUAGAAAUCCUUCUAACGAAACGAUUCUUCUCCCACAUGAAUGGGAUUGCACAAAGUUUUAUAUGUGCCUCGGGCGUCAAAAAAUAGAAAAAGAUUGUCCCUUCAUGGACGAUAAGGGUAACCGAUUGCACUUCAACCCGCGUCUCAAAGUUUGCGAUUGGCCAGAUAAAGCAGGCUGCGAUGGCAACGAUCAUGGUAAUUGUAAGGAUGGUGUUCUGUUACCACACGAUUGCAAUUGCGCCAAAUAUUACAAGUGCGUGAAGGGCGAAAAAGUCUUGGGCGAGUGUCCAAAGGAUCUGUACUUCAGCAAAAAAGAUCAGGGCUGCGUCAAGUACGGGGACUCGGACUGCGAGAGAAAGUCACGAUAUAAGUGCACCCGGGAGGGCGAGCUGAUACCUCACGAAUGCGACUGUACCAAAUAUUAUAAGUGUCGAGAAAAGGAUCAGGUGUUGCGGCACUGCAAAAACGGUGAGCACUUUAGCCCGAAACGUCGAAGGUGCGAGGACAAAGACAAAGCCGGUUGCGAAGGCAAUGGCCACCCCUCUGAUGGCGAUUGCCCGAAACCUAGACCUAAACACCCAUGGCGUCACCACUGCGAUUGCAGAUUGUUCUACCAGUGCGAAAACGGGAAGAUGCGUUUGUACGAAUGUCCCUGGGGAUAUUACUACGAUUUAAAGAAAGAUAAAUGCUCCCGUAAAAGUGAAGUAGAUUGUAAAAAUCAUAAUGAAGAUAAGAAUGUGGAGAAUUGGAUACACCUAAUCGUCAUCGCCACCGUCUUCUUGGCGUCGUGGAGCGUGAUCAACGCAGAGAAAGAGGGAUUUGAUGAAAUUCCUACAGAGUGUCCAGCCGAGGAUCCGAUAGGCACAACGAUCCAUCUUCCUCACGAGAGCGAUUGCACGAAAUUCUACAUGUGUAGCGCGGGUCGUAAAAUCUUACAACAAUGUCCCUAUAUGAACGACAAGGGUGACAGACUGCAUUUCAAUCCGAGUCUUCAAGUCUGCGACAUGCCGGAACGCGCAGGUUGUGAGAACAAAAAAUUCGAUCGGGAUCUAAAUGAAGUAAACGAGCAAAUUAUCAAACAUCAUAGACCAAUCCUCAUGGAGGGAGUUCUCACAGAGUGUCCAGCCAACAAUCCGACAGGCACAACGAUUCAUCUUGUUCACGAGAGCGAUUGCACGAAAUUCUACACAUGCGUUGCGGGUAAUAAGAUCUUACAAGAAUGUCCCUAUAUGAACGACAAGGGUGACAAACUGCAUUUCAAUCCGGGCCUUCAAGUCUGCGACUGGCCGGAACGCGCCGGUUGUGAGAACAAAAAAUUCGAUCGGUAUCUAAAGGAAAUGCUAAACAAAAUACAAAAGAAGCAAAUUAUCGGACAUCAUAGACCAAUCCUCAUGGAGGAAAUUCCUACAGAGUGUCCAGCCAAGGACCCGAUAGGCACAUCGAUUCAUCUUGCUCACGAGAGCGAUUGCACGAAAUAUUACAAAUGCGUUAAAGGUAAUAAGAUCUUACAAGAAUGUCCCUUUAUGAACGACAAGGGUGACAGACUGCAUUUCAAUCCGCGCCUUCAAGCCUGCGACUGGCCGGAUGUGGCUGGUUGUGAGAACAAAAAAUUCGAUCGGCAUCUAGAUAAAGUACUAAACGUGCAAAUUAUCGAACAUUAUAGACCAAUCCUCAUGGACGAAAUUCCUACAGAGUGUCCAGCCCAGGAUCCAAUAGGCACAACGAUCCAUCUUGCUCACGAAAGCGAUUGCACGAAAUUCUACAUGUGUCGCGCGGGUAGUAAAAUCUUACAGGAAUGUCCCUAUAUGAACGACAAGGGUGACAGACUGCAUUUUAAUCCGAAGCUUCAAGUCUGCGACAUGCCGGAUCGCGCCGGUUGUGAAAACAAAAAAAUUUAAUCGGGAUCUAAAUGAAGUAAACGUGAAAUUUAUGAAAGAGGAAGAACACGUGAAAAGUAAAUUGUAUAUUCGCUAAAAACAUAUUUUAUUUGUAGAUAUAGAAUAAUAUGUAUUUUUAUAAAUAAAAGAUAUAGAAUAAUAUGUAUUUUUAUAAAUAAAAGAUAUAGAAUAAUAUGUAUUUUUAUAAAUCUAUAGGUCUAUUUCUAUAAAUGGAUUUGUAUAAAUUUAGAUCUAUCUUUUUAUAAAGGUAUUUUAAUAAAUCUGAUAGUAUUUAACCA